CUGCAAUAUUUUCUAAUUAUUUUAUGUAUAUUCCUUACAACUUGUAAGCGAUUUCUUCUGAUUAUAAAAAUAUAUAUAUAACGAGUUCAUUGACCAGUGCACUUGCUUGUAGGGUGGUAAGUAGGUUGAAUUCUUCUUGUUAAUAUGACACUUUUCUCCUGCACUUGCAUAUACGUACUUGGGCAUGCGGCGUGCGCCAUGCCCAUGCUGAAAGAAAGACAUGGCCUGGCAAAUUUUCCAAGAGUGUUCCACCGCGUUCCUCGUCUCUCGCUCUCUCUCUGUCAACCAUGGAAUACCGCUUCUCCGACGAAAGCCAAUCCUUCAAACAGCCCACAGCAAGAGUGGUCGCUGUGAACGGGUCACUGCAGGAGUUCCCCAUCCCUGUCUCUGUCUCCGACGUUCUCGACUUCUUUGAGCACCUGCGCCUGCAGGAUCCCUUCUUUAUCUGCAGCUCCGAUACUCUCUUCUAUGACGAGUACAUCCUCCGGAUGAAGCUUGACGACUCGCUCGUCUCCGGCCAAAUAUACUUCGUGCUGCACUCCUCCAUGCUGGAUGCCCCUCUUACCAGCCUCGAUAUGGCCUCGCUAGCCCUCAAGGCCAGUUGCGCUCUUGCCUCCGCCGUCAAGGUCCCCAGACUACGCCGUGCUCGAGUCGUGCCGACGGGUGACAACAGUACUGAUUUUGAUGUUGAGAACCGAAGGUUCAACGAGGCAACCCUUGGUGUUGGUGUUGGUGUUGGUGUUGGUCAUAAUUAUCAUAGCAGCACCACCAACAACAUCAACAAGAUCAGGAUGAAAAUGGGGACUGUCUCUAUGCGCACGCGACUGCGUCCAUCUCGCCGGACUUUUAACACUUCUAAACGGAGAUUGCCUACUAUUGACGAAGUUGACGAGUAGGACAAAGGAAAGCGUCUCUCUCUGUCUCUGUCCUCCCUCCCUCCCCCAUCUUUCUUUUCCUUGUAAAAAAACAAAAAACAAUCAUUUAUUGCAGGUUUAUUUUAUUUGUACAAACAACUCCCAAUGUCAUCGUGGCUGCUCAUUUGUAUUAUUUUUAACGCUAGUUUCUUUCUAAGGAUAGAAAUAAUAAAUAAAAGAAUACUCAACGGUCAACGGACUGUUUAUUGAGACAAAUCUUCAAUAAAAAUCAAACCAAGGACAAUAUAUAUGUUUCUAUAUGGCUCAAUAGUAAAUGGGCAUAUGUUUUCAGCGUUUGCUUCAUUGGGGGAGUCACGGUUAGAUGCGUUGGGGUGUAGGAGCAACAAUACAUGAGUAAUUUUA